CUCGUAUAAAUUAAUUCCUCAUUUACAUUCUUUCCAGCUUGGCUGUCAUUGGAUAGUGAAUACAGGACAUAUUGUUUAUAUACUGCGUUUUGCAGCUACACGCUUAUUUCGUGAGGUAAAUAUUCCACACAUGAUCAUCUCCACUUCCGAGAUACUACAAGCUUUGACAAAUUUUUGCGGCCCACCGAUAAUUAUGGAUGCUAUCAGUCACGAAGUAGAUCGAAUCAAGACGAUACUCACAAACCAGAUCCUUAAAACCUCAGACGAGUGUCUCCGGUUCGAGCUGCAGACGGCGCUGCAGUACGUGCGCCUGCGUCCGUUCCGAUACACGCUCUGCCGCGCGGUGCCGCUCGACAUCAACCUGCUGUUCACCACCGCCGCACUUUGCAUUACAUACACUAUUGUAAUGUUGCAGCUUACAUAUUUCUCCACGUAAUUUUUUGUGUAGUCAAGCAAUAUA